UAUUCCAUAUACAAACAAAUCAAACGAGAGCGGACGUCCAAAAAAACUAAAAAAAAUAGGCGAGGCAGGGCAUAACAGCUCAAAUUGUCUGGUAAUUGAGGCUUAGAUCUGUUCAUCGCAUUUUCUCGGAGCAGAAACAGAUCGAAAUUUGACCAUGUCUGCGAGAAGGCGAACCCUGUUAAAGGUUAUCAUCCUCGGUGACAGUGGGGUCGGUAAAACGUCUCUCAUGAAUCAAUAUGUAAACAAGAAAUUCAGCAAUCAGUAUAAAGCAACAAUUGGAGCUGAUUUCUUGACCAAGGAAGUGCAGUUUGAGGACAGGCUUUUCACACUGCAGAUAUGGGAUACUGCUGGCCAGGAGAGAUUUCAGAGCCUUGGUGUUGCCUUUUACCGUGGUGCUGAUUGCUGUGUUCUUGUAUAUGAUGUUAAUGUUAUGAAGUCAUUUGAUAACCUUAACAAUUGGCGUGAGGAAUUUUUAAUUCAGGCAAGCCCAUCUGAUCCAGAGAAUUUUCCAUUUGUGGUGCUUGGAAAUAAAAUUGAUGUGGAUGGUGGAAACAGUAGAGUGGUUUCUGAGAAAAAAGCCAGGGCAUGGUGUGCUUCUAAAGGCAAUAUUCCUUACUUUGAAACAUCUGCCAAAGAGGGCUUCAAUGUUGAAGCAGCAUUCCAGUGCAUAGCUAAAAAUGCAUUGAAGAAUGAGCCUGAAGAGGAAAUAUAUCUUCCGGAUACAAUUGAUGUCUCUGCUGGGAGACAACAAAGAUCGUCAGGAUGUGAAUGCUAGCCUCUCAUGUGUCAUAAAAGGUUCUGGGUGCUAUAUAUGGUCUUUUGCAACGAGUCUGGCCAUUUGGGAGGGUGAUUGAAUAUUGUUCGUGUUCGGUGUAGUGAUUGAAUUGUACUUUAGAUAAAUCUUGUUAAAUUGUAGCUCUGUUCUGCAUUCUCCUGUCUCUGAGCCCCAGGGUUUGAUUACUCUAUUUUGUAUGAUUCAAAUGCUGAGCAGUUUAAAUUUGUGUAUGGCAUGAGACCAUGUACUGCAACUUAUGUUGGUAUUCUAUUGUGAUUAUUUGAAAAUAUGGCUAUAAUUAUUCUUUAGUGGUGCACCAUUCAAUAAUAAUAAGUGAAACAAAUCUGAACUUACAAUUUCUACA